UCUGCAGUGCACCGCCGCCGUUUCAAGAAUGGAAUGCGACACACCAUUUGAUGAGUCGUGCAUUGCUUGGUUGGGCGCCUCUUCAAUCAUUCCCAUGGCCGACCCAAAACCUUACACACAAUUCUACGUGGAAUUACACGUACGGUUCACAUAUCCUCCGUCCGAUUUCAUGGACGACGAUGAUGAUUCGGAGGACGAUGAUGAUAUUGAUCGCUUAGAGUCCGAGGAGCGUUGUAUGCAAUUUUGGGUUCCGUGUGAUGGAUUGACGUGUCAAAACAAUAAUACAUGGUCCACAAUAUCUGAUAUGCUCCGUGACCUAGGUGUCCCCUUACGUGUUCAGCCUUUUAUGAUUUCUCGUAUCAUUCCAUCCGCCGAAUUAUUGGUGAAACAAAAUCAAAACCUAAUGGUAUUGCCCAUGGUAGUGUCUAUGGAUGUUGUGGGCAGUCCAGAAGACAAUGAUGAUGAUGAUGACGAUGAUGAUGUUGUUGUGGGCCGUCAAGAAGAAGAAGAAGAAGAAGAAGAAGAUGAUGAUGAUGCAAUGGUGCCAAUGGAGUGGAGGCGAGUGCCGGCUAGCGAGGCAUCAGUUGAGGCCUUAGAGAAGUUGAAAGUGGAAAAUUCAGAUAGUAAGAUGAUGCAGUGUGUGAUAUGUAUGGAACAGCUUUUGGUUGGUUCGGAGGCAACCCGGAUGCCUUGCUUGCAUGAUUUUCACGGAGAUUGCCUCGUUCGUUGGCUCGGAGUUAGUAACUUGUGUCCACUGUGCCGGUUUCGGAUGCCCACUUGAGCAGCACUACUUCAGGCAGAGUUUCAGUGGAUGCCCACUUGAGCACUACUUCAGGCAGAGUUUCAGUGGAUGCCCACUUGAGCACUACUUCAGGCUUUGUAUAUUAGAGUUGUUUCAGGCUAUUAUGUACAUUAGUACUAAAAGCGUUAUCUGUAUUAACCAAUUCAUUGGAUUUUUGGUUUUUUUUUUUUUGGGUUAAACCAAUUCAUUGUUCUUGUUUGAGAAAUUCAUAACAUC